AGACAGGAGGGGACCGAAAGAAGGUGGGAGGAUUCAUCCCAGUGACGAACCUUCCUCAUUGCAACCUUUUUUUUUUUUUUUCUUUUUUUUUUUUCUUCCUUAGCUUACCAAUACUGUACAAAGCAGGAUGGCGUCCGCUAAGCGAUGGGUCAAUACAUAAUCCUGGGUUAGUCCGCGAAAUAUCAAAGCGAUUGAACAAUAAGUAAUAAGAAAACAAAACAAGA